AUGGCCAUGGCUAGGAUUCGAGACAUCUAUGACGAGGCUUCAUUGGAGUGCACGAUAGUAACUGGAGUGGCAAUGUGCAAGUUAUCUUUCAGCUUAUUCGCGGCUUUAUUCGUAGGCGAGCUCUUCCGAUACCUGAACAACCGUGUGUUCCUCCUGUUCUUGUCUAUUGAAUUCAUACUCAUUGUUGGUGUGCUGUUGACGUUUCGAACUGAAAACUUUCACAAAAAGGAGGAAACCAGGUCCGACCAAGGAGCCGACGACCCAACGAGUCAAGUCGACCAGAAGAAACAUCGUUCUGUGCGAUGGCGAGCCAUUUUCGAUGUCCAGGUGUUGAUUGUCGCACUAAGUUUCCUGGUAAGUGCCCUAGGAUACACAUCACUCGAGCCUACUCUUGCAGUCUGGGUGGACUACAUGUUCGGAGACGGUACAGUAUCAACGGCUCAUAUACUUGGCUUAUGCGGAUUCUCCGUUCUAUUGAGUACCGCCUGUUGCGUCUAUGUCCUCGGCACCUUAAGCAACAACUUGACGUGGAUAUUCUGCUCCGUAUCGCUAUGCACCGCAGGACUACCCUUGGUGUUAGUCAAAUUCUCCCCAUCACUCACCGUAGCUUCAAUCUUCUUGGCUGUGUUUUACUUCGGUUCACAAGCAGCUCGUGUGAUAUUGAUCACCAUGUGUUCUACUAUCGCUGUCAAGAGACACCCUGAAGCUUACAGCCUAGUGUUCUCCAUCGUGAACUUGGGUUGGGGCGGUGCAUCUCUCUUUGGACCUCUCGUAGCUCCGUUUCUAUUUGGCUCUUCCUGUACUGUCUGCAUGAUUAGUGUUGCUUAUAUUUUAACAGCUCUUCUGGCAUUAUUGCUUCGGAAUCUUGACUCCAAAGAUGGAAUAAACUUCAUGGAUUGCUACUGUGCCAAGGCCAUUGAUGAUGAUGGUUAUCAGUUGGUAGUAACAAACGAAGACAUUCCAUUUACUUUUGAACAAAAACAGGUCAUGAUACAAACAACAAAUAAAUAA